AGUAAAAUGUUAAAAUUGUAAAACACGUAAACAAUCGGAUAAUAAUAAAAUAACUAAUAAAGGGAAUCGACAAGUGUAAUAACUUUUAAUGUCGUUUCUUUGUUUUUUCAGAGCAACACAAACGUUUAUUUCACCGAUUCCCUAUAAAUUACACGAAUUGUCUUAUAAAACGACAUUUCUAGUUAAAGAAAAUGGAGAAGUUAAGAUUUACUUUUGCGGUAUUAGCGGCAAGUGAUGGCAAAACAAUUGUAAUCUGCAUAACCUCAAUUGAAACACCCGAUGGACGUAAUUAUAAUGUUCCGGACGAAAUGAAGCCUGCAAGCAAACACACGAGUUGUGAGCACAGAGGUAUUCACGAAGGUCAAGAAUUCUCUAAAAAAAAGACAUCAAAUACGUAAAUUGUGGAUUCCAUUAUCUCCGGAAUUGAAAAAAAUCUAUUUAGAUGAAGGCGAAAAUUUGCAGUUUGGAGAUCAAUAUUUAGAUGAAAUUGCAGAGGAAUCCAGACCACUAGUUCACAAAAACUGCGACGUCGGGUCUGGAAAUAAAAACCUAGGAAAAACAUCUGAAAAAUUUUUAAUUGAGAAAUUUUCAGGAAAAAAUUCCAAUGUGAAUCAAUGGAUAGGUGAAUUUGAGAAUGAGUGUGAACGAUUCGAAAUACUACAGGAUACAGAGAAAAUUGAGACUUUAAAGCAUCUACUAGAGAAACAAUGCCAUGAUUGGUACACUAGUAUGUUGAUAAAAUUCACUGUAAAUUCAGAAUGGACUGUUUGGAAAAAUAACUUUACUGAGACAUACGGAAAUAAAGGUUGGUCACAGGUUAAAUAUGCAUUUGCCUAUAAAUUUCAAGCGGGUUCAGCACUGGAAUAUGCUACGAAAAAGGAAAGGCUGUUAUUAGAGGUAAAUAAACACAUAGAUACACAGACGAUGAUAAAUCUUAUCGCAACUGGCCUACCAGAUUACAUAUUGGGCAAAAUUGAUAAGGAAUCUAUUACAUCCACUGCAAGUCUUUUCAAUGAAAUUGGUAAAUUUGAGCAUACAACAAAUAAACAUACCUAUUAUAAACCAAAACGAGACACAUUUGAAAAUAAAGGAAAAUCUGAUAAAUAUCAAGCCUGCAAAAUCUGUGAAAAUUUGAACAAGGGAACUCGUUAUCACCCAGAAGAAAAAUGCUGGUUUAAAAAAAGUGAGCAACAAGAAAACAAGAGAAAUCACUACAAGAAUAUAAAAAAUACUAUAUUAGAUCUUGAAUUAAAUGAUAAAGAUCCAAAAAACUAACAAUCACACCAUUAAUCAAAGUCAAACUUACAUUAGAUGAAAAACUAAACGUUUUUGGCAUAUAUGAUUCAGGAUCAAAUGUGUCCUUGAUUAAUUCCAAAUUAGUAAAACUAAAACAAGAAGAAGGAAAAAGAGAGUUUAGUAAUGCAAAUUUAGUAACAAUUAAUGGUGUGAAGAGUACAGGAGGUUUGACAACAAUAAAGAUUAAAAUACUAAACAUAGAAAAAAAAAUGAGACGUGUAUAUUGUGGAUGGAAAAGAUUUUCAAUAUGAUUUCCUUAUUGGACUAGACAUGCUAAAAGAGUUUAGAUUAGUUCAGAAUGAAAACCUGGAAAUCACACAAAAAACCAAAGACAACACUGAUAUGGAACUGAAUGAGAAAUUGACUUCUAAGGAAGGUAAGAGUAAUGCACAAUUUUACUCUAAUAAAUUCUCUAUAAAUUUCAAUCAACAUGUAAAUGAAAAAAAUUUUGAGAUAAAAAUGGGUAAUUUAAAUGCUCAACAAGAAUUUGAAAUAAAUACACUGAUUGACAAAUAUAAAUCGAGUUUUGCGAAGGAUAAAUACGACAUUGGAACAGUAAGAGACUAUGAAGCACAUAUCGACCUCCUAACGGACAAAUACUGUAGUAAAAGGCCCUAUAGAUGUUCAAUGGAGGACAAAAAAGAGAUAGAAGAACAGGUGGCAAAAUUACUUCAAAAAAUCUUAUAGAAGAAUCAUACAGCCCGUUUGCAGCACCUGUAACUUUAGCUUUUAAGAAAGAAGAUAAUAAAAGAAACAGAUUAUGUAUUGAUUUCAGAGAUCUCAACAAAAUAGUAACACCACAAGCUCAACCAUUCCCGUUAAUUGAAGACUUGGUAAUAAAAACAAGAAACUGCAAGUACUUCUCAACAUUAGAUAUUAACUCUGCAUUUUGGUCCAUCCUACUGCGAAUUGAAGACAGAAAAAAAACAGCUUUUGUUACACAAGAAGGCCACUUUCAAUGGACGUGUCUACCCUUCGGCUUGAAAACCUCUCCCGCAAUAUUUCAAAGAAUCCUGAGCAACAUACUAAGAAAACAUCAAUUAACUGAUUUUACAGUUAAUUAUAUAGAUGAUAUCCUGGUGUUUUCAAAGUCUUAUAAUGAACAUAUAAACCAUUUAUCACAAUUACUGGAAGCAAUAAAACAAGAAGGAUUUCGACUAAAAUUUACAAAAUGUACGUUUGCGUCGAAUUCUGUAAAAUAUCUUGGACACAUAAUAGAAAAUAAUACAGUUCGACCAGUCAGAGAUAAUUUAAUUUCAAUAAGAGAAUUCCCUACGCCAAAAACUCUGAAAAAUGUCAGACAAUUUUUGGGGAAAAUUAAUUUCUACCAUGAAUACAUACCCAAGAGCACAAUUAUAUUAGAGCCCCUAUAUAAUUUACUGAGGAAAAAUCAAAAAUAAAUUAAUUUUUGAUUUUUCCAAGUUUGGUCAACGGACUGUAAAAAUUCAUUUGAAGAAAUAAAAGAUUUACUUUGCUCACAACCCAUCUUGGAAAUUUAUGAUCAAAACUUGCCAGUAAAUAUAUACACAGAUGCAUCAUUGGAAGGUAUUGGAGCAGUGCUAAAACAAAUUCAGCCAGACGGAAAAGAAAAGCCAGUAGCCUAUUUUUCAAGAAAAUUAAAUGAAUCCCAAAAGAAGAAGAAAGCAAUAUACUUAGAAUGUCUGGCUAUUAAAGAAGCAGUACGAUAUUGGCAAUAUUGGUUAAUAGGGAAACCAUUCACAGUAUAUUCAGAUCACAAACCGUUGGAGAACAUGAAUGUUAAAUCUAGACCUGAUGAAGAAUUGGGAGAACUAGUGUAUUAUUUAUCGCAGUAUGACUUUCAGAUAAAAUAUGCUCCAGGUAGAGAAAAUUUGGAAGCAGAUUGCUUAAGCAGAAACCCGGUACUGAAUGAAAAUGAAGAUAUUGAUGAACAAUCAAAAAUAGUAAAUUUGGUAAAAUUAGAAGAUAUCAUCACAGAUCAAGAGAAAAAUAAAGAUAUACAUGAUAACAAGAAUAAUUUGACAUACAAAAACAACAUAUUUC